AUGGUGAGCUUUGUACCGUCUUUGAGGGCCACUGUUAAUUCACGAUUUGUUCGCGGCCCAGCAGUUUUCGAUGAUGAAGAGCAGUGGUUUAAUCAGGAUGAUGAAGACGACGAUGAAGCCGAAAUAUCGACCCAAACCCAGCCUCAUGGGCAGCCUUCAAUGACCCUGGAGAGCAUACCAUCCCGUUAUUUUACCACGUCCAACAGUCCUCCUGCGCCAUCCUCUCCCAGUGGUUCACCUAAGGCCCUCCAUCACUCACCUGGCCAUAGCACUGCUACAGCAACGACGGCUCCUUCCUUCUCUCUUUUAAUACCGUCAUCAUCAUCGUCAUCCGCAUCCGACUCUUCUCCGGGGUCUCUCAUAAAUCGUCGUGUUGGACCCACCUCCUACCCCCCGAUCUCCAUUCACAUCAGGUCCACCCACCUGGGUGCUCUCAGCGGCAUGGAUAGUGAAGAUGAUGCCAACGUUUCAUCACCGCCGCGAAACGCGCUCAAACGGCUCUCUGGACGCAGCGAGGAUGACGACGCAGCUGCUUCUUCAGGUGAUGGUAGCAGUGGUGGGGAUGAAAGCAGUGAUGGAGACGAAGACGUCCCAACUAUUAAACAUUCCAGGAGGAGGUCGUUGGUUGAGGAACAUCGAGAUAGCAAUAAUAACAACAAUAGUUCUGGUACCAAUUUGGGAACUGUUCCUGGGAAAAUUGGUGAGGUGGAGAUUGUUAGUAAGCCCGCUGAUACCGCCAAGAGUCCCAUGGUCGGUCUUGUCGACUAUUCUGACGAGGAGAGCGAUGAGGAGGAGUCCAGUCUCAGUCCGACGGAUACGAAGCCACCGCCAACUAACUUGGGUGCCACGGAAGAGCCAAGAGCCGUUAAAUCUACGCCGUCGCCCUAA